AUGUUGCCUUCUGUUCAAGCUACACAUCACCCGAGUUCCGAUGACAACAUGGAGGAUGAGCACACUGCGUACUCCGCCACCGUACACAAGCUUAUUAUUUUUAUCGAUGGAGGAGCUCUGGGAUUGCUUCAGGUGGUCACAAACCAAUCACCAACCAACAAAGCAGACCGUGGAGCCAUGAUCCUUUGUUUCUGGUUCUUCACUCUUAUCUACAUCGUCCUACGAGUCUUUGAAGCCAAGCUUCGGAACAAACCUGAUACCCGUAACUUUCUUGGACAUGUUAGUCAUCUCUUUGGGGCUCUCGCAUCCCUUAUGCUCAUCUAUCUUAUUUCUCCAAGCUUCACUCUUUUGGCAGUUCCUCUCUGGCUUGUUUGGUUCUUUGUUGUUACGUAUGUCUCGUUCUCAAAGAUCAGAUUCCCGGAGGAUAACGCCCUUGCCGCAGAUCUCCCAGUUUAA